CGAAACUGCCUUCCCCCUCCUACCUCCUCGUCACUCCCAUCUUUCCCACUCCUCACUCUCUCAUCUUCCAACCUCAACGACGUCGGCGAUCUGGGGAACUCGUUCAAUAUCACCGAGUCAUUCAUUUUCCAUUAAAUUCGCAUACCCUAUGUUUCCGAUUUAUCCUGCCAUAUAACUGGGAACCAUCCGAUAGUCUCGAGGCGUUCAUUCGGCACUCAAGGCUCGGCAACCACCAACUAUUGUUCUUCCGCCGGCUUCUAGAACCGGACGAAAUGGCGACCAUCAACAACUCAAGUCCUGAAGAGGACGAAGCUGUUGCUAUCACGUUGAUCUUACGACCCGUUGGCCUGCAAGAUUCCGAAUUCAAGCGUGAAUUUAUCCUCGACCGCCAGAGACCCUCUAUCCGAAUCGGUCGAGCGUCUAAAGUCCCAGCUAAGGGCUUCGUUGCCGCGAAGAACAAUGCUUGGUUUGAUAGCCCAGUCAUGUCCCGACAGCAUGCUGAACUUCUUUUCGAUUAUGGUGGUACACCAAAGGGCGUGUUCAUUCAAGACAUCGGAUCUCUUCACGGGACCUUCCAUACUCCUAAGGACGGAACUGGGAAGGAGUUAAGGCUGGAACAGCAUAGCCUAGUCAGACUAUCGGACGGCGACUUGCUUCGGUUUGGUACCGACAUCUUUAGAGCCGCAACGACUUUCCCUCCAUGCUUGCUCGAAUUCUAUAUGGACGCACGCAUAGUGCCGCAAUUUCGGGUCAUCCCAAGUGUUAGCCAGUCCACUAAUCGAGUAUUCACCAUUCCGGAUGAUAUUGAAGAUGAUGAUGAGGACGACGAUGAUAGUGUCAUUGAGACAGCUAUGCCACCAACGCGAAAGGACGAUAGUCAACGUGGUCUAUCAAUCGACUUAACUCGAGAUGACACUGACGAGGCUGACGACCACACAGCUCACAACAAUCUCAACUCUGAUGUUAUCGACCUAACCUCGGAGCCCGAGGAGCAUUCGGACCAUGAGAUGAAUGUAGUAGAAAACCGUCAUUCUUCUGCCUUUUCUUCGACAGCUGGUCCGUUCAUCCCUGCUGUCGUUCCCCCUGGAGCUAGUAGCUUUAGGAUCAAUGGCUAUGUGCCCGACUUGCCAACGGCCACAUCCCAUUCCCCCAAACCAGCGGUUCUUGAUAACGUACCGGAUCAGUUCUCUGAUCAAAACCAUUGUCAUCUACCCUACCAUGAUCAAGACGACGAGGAAAUGAAUAGUGAUGAUAUCCGAUUGACAGACUCCGAGAAUGAUUCGGCUAUCACUAGAUAUUCUCUUGAUAGGUCGGAUGCUGCGAGUGAAGAAACAGACGAGGACCAGGACGAGGAUGAUAGUUCUUCAAGUUCUGUCUCCUAUCGCUAUGGCUGGGAAGACGAGUCUGUGUCUUCUAGGCAUAAUGACGGCAAUAAUGAGAGAUUCACUAUUUGGGAGGACGAUGAUAGCGUUGAUGAUUUGCCGUACUCGGACGACGGUACUUCAUCGUCGGGUGAGGGUUCAGCAGACUCUGCGUCGAAUGCCAGCUCUCCGGUGCCUGGCUUGCUUGAGCAUCCACUAACUGCGGUAGCAACGGCUACCGCGGAUAUUCCGACCAAACCCUCCGAUGAUAAGCAGUCUUUUGUCACACCGUUCUUGUUUGCUGCUCCUACACAGCAAGAGACACCGGUUACUCAUCCCCGGGAACCAAGUCCGUCGGAUGCUGCGAUGUUCAAGAGUCACCCCAUGGUUGACCGCACUCCUAACGAUUCUAGAGCCAAGGCUCUUGGUGAGAAGUCGGGCAAGUACGAGUUUUUCGCGGCUAGAGAGAGUAAUCGUACGAGCCUCGUGGACCAUCUCCCCCCGCCACCUAUUUCGCAUAUGAGAGAGACUCUAGGCGAAGACGUCAAUCAUCAAGUUAGUGGUGUGGAGGUAGACCAGGUUUCGCAUUCGUCCUUUCCUCAUCCUGCGCAGGCCUUUGUUGAUGAGUUCCGAGCAAACCACACGGAGAAGGAGGUCCCUACCCUAGGUUCCAAGACUUUCCCCAAUACCAAUCCCGACGAUACACAGAUGCAAGAACCUGUAUGGCUUAAGCCGGAGCUCUCAUGCCCCGUAUGGUCAUUCUCCGGGGAAAGAUUCAUCAACAAUCCUCGAACUGAGGAUCUUCCCAAUUCACGCUCCGAACGACCCCAGAGUCCAGAACUCGACAUGACUAGUGCAUACACAUUCCAGUUAAGCAAGAUGGCGACCGAGAACCGCACUAGCCAGCAACCCAGACGCGUUGGAAUUAAAGAUCUCCUUGUGGAAGAGGCGAACCGACUCGAAAUGCUUCGUGACGCACUGCCUAUGCCAGCCACGACAGCUUCGCCAUUCACGCUCUCGGUACCCCGCCAGGCCUCGGAGGAACCUAACUUGAAGCGAUCCUUUGACGACGCUUUCAGUGAUGAGCCCGUCGUACCAGGAGUAAAUGGUAACAUAAGCGACGCUAGCAUCCAUUUGAGCGACACACAUGACGCCCAGCCCACAAACAAGCAACUGGGAAAUUCGACCGCAUGUACAGAUGUGUCUAAUGAAGACUCGGCUUUCCAGGUUAUUCCACCACAAAGUGGGAUGCAGGCGGAGCCUGUCGCUGUUACCAAACGGCCAGACUAUCUCCAACCAUCAAAGAGACGCCGCUUUGCCCAGGCAGCGGCCUGCGUCGCUCUCGGAGGUGCUGCCGCAUUCACCUUCAUGGUAUCGACUGCACCUGUCCUGUAAUUAUUACCUGGUCUAUGAAGUUACGGGCAUCAAUUUAACUUACUGUGCCUGCUUUGGGGAUGUUAUGGUGGCGGUUGUACAACUCCUAACCAGGUCACGGAUGUAGGUCAAGACCAUUUCGAUUUCCUAGGAGUUAUGACCAUAUUGCAAAUGGCGCAGGUGGGUUCGGAAGUGGCGUCAAGGUUCCUUUGUUUCGGAGGAUGGUUGAACUAAGAACAUGCCACUUACGUUUGUCUGGUGGUGGUAAGGGACGAUUCACGGAACAUCAUUUUCUACGGAAGGGGGGUUAUAUGGGCUUGCACGGCUGGUGGCUGAGUCCGAGGUUGCUUUGAUUCACCUCCGCUUUCUUUUCCCCAGUGUUCAGGCCCUGACAAUGGGUUUACGUGAUUA